GCAUAAAUAAUAAUAAUAACCGUUUAAUUUAGAAGAUUAAUAUAUAAUAUGGAUCUAAUAGCUACUAUAGAGGAGGAUGCCGAAGUGGAAAACUUAUCUGAAAAUUCGGAUGUUGAAAUAGAAUAUCAACCUACUAAACUAAAACAAAAAAAAAUUACCGAAUUUGAGAAAGGUUUUGAAUUUGUGUCUUCGGUAAAGGAAUACAAUCAGGAUACUUGGGAUGAUUUAAUGAAAUAUGUUAAACGUAAAGCGCGCACAAAAACUGAUGAUAAAAUUGCAGAACGUUUAAAGAAACGCACAACAGACAACAUUCAACAGGAUGAUGGGGUAGAGGAAACGGAUGGUGAGAUACCAUUGUCGGAUGAUGAACUGAAACAUGAUAAUUUACGUUUGCGAGAAAAGAAGCAAAUUAAAAAAAAACAAAAAAGCAAGAGCAGUAACGAUGUCGAUCAUCCUGCUGACGACGAAGAAGAGGGUGAAAAAAUGAAAUUCGAGGAGUCUGUAGAAAGCAAUGAGUCUAUUACAUCGUUUUAUCAAAUGAAUUUAUCGCGUCCUUUGAUGCGAGCUAUAGGGGUGUUAGGUUAUAUAUAUCCAACACCUAUACAAGCGUCCACAAUACCAAUCGCUAUGUUGGGUCGUGAUAUAUGCGGCUGUGCAGCUACGGGUACAGGUAAAACGGCUGCUUAUAUGUUGCCUACCCUAGAACGUUUACUGUAUCGUCCUAUGAACAAUAGAACGAUAACAAGAGUUCUGGUUUUGGUGCCUACGCGCGAAUUGGGGGCUCAAGUUUAUCAAGUCACCAAGCAAUUAUGUCAAUUCACCAGCAUUGAUGUGGGUCUUGCUAUCGGUGGCUUGGAUGUUAAAGCUCAGGAAUUGGUAUUAAGACAAAAUCCUGACAUUGUGAUUGCCACACCGGGCCGCCUAAUUGACCAUAUUAAAAACACUCCAAGUUUUAGUUUGGAUUCUAUAGAGGUUUUGAUACUUGAUGAAGCUGAUCGUAUGCUGGAUGAAUAUUUCGCUGAGCAAAUGAAAGAAAUUAUUAACUCUUGUGCGAAAACUCGGCAGACUAUGUUGUUCUCAGCUACUAUGAGUGAACAAGUUAAAGAUUUGGCUGCUGUCUCGUUGAACAAACCCGUAAAAGUUUUUGUUAACAAUAAUCAGCAAGUGGCUUUCAAUUUGCGCCAAGAAUUUAUACGUAUUCGUGAAGACAAAGAAGGUGAUCGCGAACCAAUUUUGGCCAGUUUAAUAUGUCGCACUUUUCAUGACCAUUGCAUGAUUUUUGUGCAAACAAAAAAGCAAGCACAUCGUCUUCAUAUAUUGUUGGGUUUAUUAGGCAUUAAGGCGGGUGAAUUACAUGGCAAUCUGACACAACAACAACGCCUUGAGUCACUUAAGAAAUUUAAGGACGAGCAAAUCGAUGUGCUGAUAGCUACUGAUGUGGCUGCCAGAGGUUUAGAUAUUGUCGGUGUCAAGACGGUUAUUAACUUUGUGAUGCCAAUAACAACCGAACACUAUAUACAUCGUGUAGGACGUACGGCUCGAGCGGGACGUGCGGGCAUUUCGGUUUCGUUAGCCGGUGAAAAGGAACGUAAAAUAGUUAAAGACGUUAUCAAAAAUGCUGAAGGUUCCAUUAAAAAUCGUAUAAUACCACCAGAAAUUAUAGAAAAGUAUCGCAGAAAGUUAACUGCUUUGGAAGCAGAAAUACAACACAUUUUGGAUGAAGAACAAUAUGAGCGACAGUUGGCAAAAGCAGAACAGCAAUUAUCCAAAACGGAACGAAAGCUUUUAGCCAAUCAACCCAACGAAAAACGCCAAUGGUUCCAGACUAAAAAACAAAGAGAAGAGGAAAAGGUACGCUUGCAGGUAACACCCAACGACAAUACGUCAAAGACACUUAAGAAAGGGAAAGGAUCUAAACGCCCGGUGUAUGGUGGAGAUGGAGAAGAUGGACCUCCGGUUAAGGAACUUAAAUCAAAGAAAAAGAAACCGGACAUAAAGCCAAAAACACCUGAACAAUUGGCUAAAGAAAGAGCGUUAAAAGAAAUUGAGAAAGUCUCUUUGGUUAGAGCUAAAAUGUCUAAACUACGGCAGCGUGCUUCCAAAUUAGGGGCCACGACGGAAGGUAGCAAACUUGAUAAUAAUGCUGGAUUAAAUAAUAGGCAAAAGUCGAAACGUCAUGGUCAUUCGGCCUUUACCAAUGAUCUCACCGAUGUAAGCCGUAGUGGAGCCUUACGCUUAAGAUCGGAGGCUAAUCGCCAUAAGAAAAUGACAAAAUUAGCUGCUAAGAAAAAAAUCAGCACAGUGAAACUGACGAAUAAGUCAGGCCAAAAUAAAUUUAACAAAGGUAAAAAUUUCGGUGGCCCUAGAUUUGCAAAAAAAGAGAAACAUAAAAGGAAAUGAUGGGACACAAUAUGUGGAGUAAAUUAUUUUUUACAAAAUUUAUUGAAUAAAAGUUCGUAAAUUCGGAGUCAGAAGUGUUUAACUGAAUAAAAGUUACGUAAAAAUAACAUUACACAUAUAAUAAAUAGGGGAGUACUAUAUUUUCGGCUGAACGCUGCGAGUACUCAGCCUCAAAAGAAAUUCCUUAUAAUAGCAGACAGUAAAUCUGUUUUAUCAGCUUUAUAACCAUUUUCCUUAGGUAAAACUUAUCUUCACAUAUUAGAAAUCAAAUCCUUACUUUAUAGCUUCAAAUCUGAUACAUUUUAUUUUCAUUUUCUUUGGCUGCCCAGCCACAUGAGCAAUCUUGGCAACAACACUGCAGAUAAAAGUCCAUCUUCCAGACUAUCUAAUUUUAAUGAUCGUGCCGUGAUUCCUGAAGAUCUGAGGACAAUCGAAAAAAAUCAUUUAAUUUUUUCUUAGCAACAGCGAAGGUAUAACUCACCUUAUGUUCGUCAU